AUGAAAGGAUCUAGAACUCCUCUACUGUUUUACUUUGCAGCAGCAGCAGCAAAUGUUGCAGCAGCAUCUGCACUAUCAUUGGUGGUUCCAGGAGAUUACCACAGAACAACGUCAUCCAAGAAUAUUUAUCCAUCCAGAGCGACAAUACUACUAACUCAGCAUUCUUCCCUUUUGAUUGGGUCUAUCGACGUUGUUCCUAUGUCCUCUAGUAACAAGUCGAUGGCAAUGAUGAUGAUGCUUCAGAAUGCAACCACGACAACUGCAGCAACGACGACUGCUGCAGCCACAGCAUCACCAGAUGCUGAGCCAACAAUGCCUCAACCAUCAUCCACAAAAAAGGCUAGCAUGAGACUCCGUGAUCAUGAUGAUCAACUGAAACAUGAUUCUGAUGUCAUCUUUGCCAUAUUCGACGUCAAUGGCCGCGGCAGUAUUUCGCCAGAAGAAUUCUCGAAUCAUUUGGUGAAGCGAAUUGGAUACGGGGCUUCUUUUGUGAAUCAGUUGUUUGAGGGAAUGGAUGCCAAUCACGACGGUACCAUUUCGCACACUGAGUUUCGUACCCUGUAUCUGGCAGUUCCAUCCCUUCGGACCCUCCCUGGGAUUGGACAAGAAGAGUCAUUGGCAUCAGUCAAGAACAGUGAACAAGAGCAAAGCCUCGUCAACCAUGACGAGCUCCAACUGGUCGCUGAGCAUCCAGUGUUUGAAGCAGCCGACAAAGAUGGCAAUGGAUCUAUAGAUGUGACUGAAUUGGAAUCGCAGCCGAGUCGGUGGCGGCUCCUCGAACAAAAAACUCUUACCUUUCACUACACGGCAGUGGCAAAAAUAUUUGGUUUGCUUGAUGUGAAUGGAGACCAAAGCAUCAGCAAACGUGAAUUCCAAGAUGCCUUUGUGCGAUAUUCGACACUGCGGCAUGCUUUGCAGUAA